CUGUACAUACAAUCCUUUUCUUCAACGCCAUUCUCAACUCUAUCAUCACCAAUUGCAGAUAUCUCGCCGGAAGAUAUCACAAAAAGCCUUUUCAUCUCAUUCUAUUCACUAGCCAUUAUCUUUUGACUCACAAAACUAAAAGGGCCCCAUUCUCGUUUUCAUCAUAUUUUCAUCAUGGCUCCUGCGCGACAACAGCCGCCUCCGCCGUUUGGCAAGGACGAAAAAGUCCUCUGCUUCCACAUGGACAUGCUUUAUGAAGCCAAGAUCAUGGAUGUCCAGCCUGCGGAGAAGCCCAAUGAAGGAUAUCGGUACAAGGUUCACUACAAGGGCUGGAAAAACACGUGGGACGACUGGGUUCUGGUGGACAGGAUCAGGCCCUUUGACGACGAGCACAAGGAGCUGGCAGCCCAGCUUCACGCGCAGCUCAAGAACAGCAUGCAGAAGACGUCCAAGGUGCCCAAGAAAAUCGUCAAGAGUGGCGGCGAGUCGGCGCGUGGUAGCGAGGAGCGAGGGUCCGCCGUCACUCAGGGAGGCAGGGGAGGUAGGAGAGGCAAGGACUGGGAACUAGAGCAGGAGGAUGCUUUCCACAGCAAACCGAUGAUCAACAUCUCUGUGCCUGAUCAUAUACAGGCCAUGCUCGUGGACGAUUGGGAGAAUAUCACCAAGAAUAACCAGCUUGUACCUCUGCCUCAUCCAAACCCAGUCACCAAAAUCUUUGAGGAUUACCUUGCCGUUGAGCGGCCACGCAGGGAAGAGGGUUCAUCUAGCAUGGAUAUCUUGGAGGAAGUUAUCGCCGGAUUUCGGGAAUAUUUCGAGAAAGCCCUGAGCAGAAUACUUCUCUACAGAUUUGAGCGUCAUCAGUACAUGGAUGUGCGGAAACUCUGGGACAACGCCGACGAGAAUUCACAGUAUAAAAACGUUUGCGAUGUUUACGGCGCAGAACACCUUGCCCGCCUUAUUGUUUCAUUGCCUGAACUCCUUGCGCAGACCAACAUGGAUCAACAGUCUGUGUCCCGCCUCAGAGAAGAGAUUGGAAAGUUCACUACUUGGCUGGGCCGCAACUGUCAAUCAUAUUUUGUCAAUGAGUAUGAGACUCCAUCACAGGAGUACAUUGACAAGGCUCGAAGCUUUUAAGUGUCCUUCCUUACCUUUUGGCAGCCACCCAAAAGUUCUGUUGGAUCCAAAGAAGAAUAGAACUGCCCACUUUCGUCUGUUGCCGGAGUCUGUUUGAUGUUCUCUAGGCUUUUUUUUUUUUUUUUUUUGGCCCGCUCCCCUCUGUUUAUUGUUUGUUAAUUUAGUUUGAAUCACGACACACACACACUCGCUGUAACCAGCAAAGUGCCGACGGCAACUGCUGGCUCGAUGAUAGUCUUACGCCCUUGGCAUCGCUUUGUGGGAUUAUCGUCUUAUUGAAGGAUUCGUUGGGAACGGCACUGGAUAGGAUUAGCAAGGUGUUAAUGCGAUGAACCCGGUGCUUUCUUUUGGUUUUCGAUGACGCAGUUUUUAGUUAGAGUUGAGGGGAGACGGGGGUUUUCUUUCAAGAUAAUGCGGAAUGUAUUUCUUUUUGUCU